AUGAAUGAUUGUUCACCGAGUACAGCUCCUAUCGUGAGAGGUGAUAAAUUCAGUUUGGACUCCUAUAUUUCUGUUGUCGGUUGUCUCGGGUAUGUUCAAGUAUGUACUUGGUCGGACAUCGCCUUUACUGUUGGAAUGCUGGGACGAUAUCAAAGUGAUCCGGGUUUAGACCAAUGGAGAGCUGCAAAGAAGGUUUUGAGAUAUCUCAAAGGUACCAAGGAUUAUAAGCUUGUGUUCAGGAAGAUGAACACUUUGGAUAUUGUGGGGUACUCUGACGCGAACUUUGCCGGUUGCAUUGAUUCUCGGAAAUCAACUUCGGGAAACAUUUUCAUUAUGGUCGGUGGAGCUAUUUCAUGGAGAAGUGUUAAACAAACUCUUGUCACCACUUCAACCAUGGAAGCCGGGUUCGUUUAUUGUUUUGAGACUACAUCUCAAGGUGUAUAG